AUGGAUCUGGAGUCGCCCUCGAAGAAGUUGUACGAAAGAAGCCGACCGCCUGCCGCGUCGACGUCGGCGAUCAUCACCGACGACGGGAUUCCCCGCGCCUCUCCACCUGUUACCCGAUGUCGUGUCGCGGCAAGAAAUCGUUUCCUGGCGCUGGUGGAUUCACAGAAAUUAACGCAGUCGCAAUCGAUACCGCAAAUUAAAUGUGAGGUGAAAAAGGAAGAGGGAAGUAAACGAGACGAGGAACAAGAGACGCGGAAGGAAAAAAUGAUGCAAAAAGAGGUGGGGAAGGAGGAGGCGAAGGAGACGAGUGGUAGUAGGAGAAAGAUGAGGAAGAAGACAGUGCGGAAGAAGUGGAGGAAGACGCUGGAAAAGAGAGCCCAGGCGAGAGGUAAAAGAGAGGCGUGCGUGCGAGACGUGAGGCUCGGCGAGGGAGGUGAGGGGGAGAGACGGUCCGAGUUGGGUAAGGUGAGGGCUCCUACGGUGCCCGAAGGACCCCUCAGUGCCAGAGAACAGAGCUCGGCUGGCGCCGGGACCAAGAGGAUGACCUUGGCGCGCAUCGCUAGGAUCUCGGUGGUCCUCGUGCUGCCGCUGCUGCUGCCGCUGCUGCUGCUGCUCGUCGUGGACGGAUCGUGGGCGCAGGCUUAUCCCCGCGAGAUCAAGCCAGGAUGCAGAUACGAGGGUCGCCGAUAUCAGGAAGGAACGGCUGUGGGUACGUCCGAGCCCUGCCUGCGGUGCCGGUGCGCCGAGGGCGCGUUGAGAUGCCGGCUCCGCGUGUGCCCGCGAUUGCCGAAUCCACCGCCGCCCGGCUGUCACGUUCGUUCGCCGGCCGACAACGUAUGUUGCGCCGAGCUGGUAUGCGGCGAAUCACGCGACGUCGAGAAUAUGUUGCGGCGAGCCAGUGUACAAACGAACGUGGAAGCUGAGGAUGAGGAGAAGCAUGCUCACCACUCACGUACGGAAGGGUGUCUGCACGACGGGAUCCGAUACGGCUCGGGGUCGGCGAUGAUGGGCUCGCGCCGAUGCGAAUACUGCUACUGCAUAUCCGGCUCGAGGAAAUGCGUCCGACCCAAGUGCCUGCUACCCUUGCCGGGAUGCACCCCGCUGUACGCGCCCCAUUCCUGCUGCCCGGUCGCCUAUAACUGCACCCACCACCAUCCGUCCACAAUGGCGCCGGUAUCGGGAAACGGUGAGUUCAAAUUGUUGUCAUUUACGAGCUGGUCCGCUUAA